AGAAGGGCGGCAGGACAGACGAGGGACAAUCGGCAGCGGCUGGUGUCCACAUGAAGGUGGACAGCGUGUGUGAGUGGACCUGAGCUCAGUUCAGCAGCAGGUGGUGCUCUGCAAUGAAUCAGAUCAAGGACAGUGAAGAGGAAGCUCCACCCUCUAAAGCCACUCUGUGUGUGGAACAUGGGGGUCAGAGGACGAUCCAUCAAAAGAGACCAGACUCUGCUGGACCUGAACCCAGCUGUGUAUCCAUGUGGAGUGACUGGUCCAUGGGUCGACCUGUGGACUUCAAACAAGAGCAGAGGGGAAUCCCUCAACAGGGACCAGAAUCUACUGGACCUGGAGAGAAGAGAAUGAAGAGAGUAUCACCUAUAGAUCUUCUUGAUAACUUCAGAAAUAAUCAGAGGAGCCAUCAUGAAAAACCAGACUCUCCUGGACCUGGUCUCAGCUGUGUGUCUGUGAAGAGUGACAGGUCCAAAAGUCAAAUUAUUAACUUCAGAGAGAGUCAGAGAAACCAACAUGAAAAGCCAGACUCUCCUGGACCUGGUCCCACCUGUGUGUCUGUGAAGAGAGAAGAAUCUAUAGGUUGUUAUAUGAACUUCAAAGAUGGAGAGAAACUGAUAGUUGAUCAGCAGAGGACAGAGGUUCUCAGUGGUCAGUCUGUCCAGCAGCAUGGAACAGACCUGGACUCCAUAUUUAAGCUGCUGGAGGAGAAAAUUAUCUGCUUUGUGAAGAACGAGCUGAAGACUAUCCAGAGGGUUCUGGGUACAGAUCGCACAGAUGUCUUACAGAGGGAGGAUGAGGAGGUGUUGGAUGGUGAAGAUGAGGAGCAGAGGAGGAGCAGAGAGGCCUUUCUGAAGAUCACAGAGAACUUCCUGAGGAGGAUGAAGCAGGAGAAGCUAGCUGACUGUCUGCAGAGCAAAACCAGAGCUCCAGCUUGUCAACGUGAACUUAAAUCAAACCUAAAGAAGAAGUUCCAGUGUUUGUUUGAGGGCGUGGCUAAAGCAGGAAACCCCACCCUUCUAAAUCAGAUCUUCACAGAGCUCUACAUCACAGAGGGAGGGACUGGAGAGGUCAAUGAUGAGCAUGAGAUCAGACAGAUUGAAACAGCUUCCUGGAAACCAGACAGACCAGAAUCUACCAUCAGACAAGAAGACAUCUUUAACGCCUCAGCUGGAAGAGGUGUACCAAUCAGAAGAGUGAUGACAAAGGGCGUGGCUGGAAUUGGGAAAACAGUGUUAACACAGAAGUUCACUCUGGACUGGGCUGAAGACAAAAGCAACCAGGACGUACAGCUCAUGUUUCCCUUCACCUUCAGAGAACUGAAUGUGCUGAAAAAGAAGAAGUUCAGUUUGGUGGAACUCAUCCAUCACUUCUUCACUGAAACCAAAGAAGCAGGAAUCUGCAGGUUUGAAGACUAUAAGGUGGUCUUCAUCUUUGAUGGUCUGGACGAGUGUCGACUUCCUCUGGACUUCCACAACACUGAGAUCCUGACUGAUGUCACAGCGUCCACCACAGUGGACGUGCUGCUGACAAACCUCAUCAGCGGGAAACUGCUUCCCUCUGCUCACCUCUGGAUAACCACACGACCUGCAGCAGCCAAUCAGAUCCCUCCUGACUGCGUUGACAUGGUGACAGAGGUCAGAGGGUUCACGGACCCACAGAAGGAGGAUUAUUUCAGGAAGAGGUUCAGAGAUGAGGAGCAGGCCAGGAGGAUCAUCUCCCACAUCCAGACAUCACGAAGCCUCCACAUCAUGUGCCACAUCCCAGUCUUCUGCUGGAUCACUGCAACAGUUCUGGAGAACAUGUUGAAAACCAGAGAUGGUGGAGAACUGCCCAAGACCCUGACUGAGAUGUACGUCCACUUCCUGGUGGUUCAGUCCAAAGUGAAGAAGGUAAAAUAUGAUGGAGGAGUUGACACAGAUCCACACUGGAGUCCAGAGAACAGGAUGAUGAUUGAGUCUCUGGGGAAACUGGCUUUUGAGCAGCUGCAGAAAGGAAACCUGAUCUUCUAUGAAUCAGACCUGACAGAGUGUGGCAUCAAUAUCACAGCAGCUUCAGUUUACUCAGGAGUCUUCACUCAGAUCUUUAAAGAGGAGAGAGGUCUGUGCCAGGACAAGGUAUUCUGCUUUGUCCAUCUGAGUGUUCAAGAGUUUCUGGCUGCUCUUCAUGUCCAUCUGACCUUCAUCACCACUGGAAGAAAUCUGUUUUCAGAGGAACCAUCAACAUCCCAGAGGUCCAAAUUAUUCAAAAUCAAUUCUGAACUGAAUCAUCUGCACCAGAGUGCUGUGGACAAGGCCUUACUGAGUCCUAAUGGACACCUGGACUUGUUCCUCCGCUUCCUCCUGGGUCUUUCACUGGACUCCAAUCAGAAGCUCCUAAGAGGCCUACUGACACAAACAGGAAGUACCAUACGGACCAAUCAGAAAAUAGUCCAAUACAUCAAGAAGAAGAUCAGUAAAAAUCUGUCUGCAGAGAGAAGCAUCAACCUGUUCCACUGUCUGAAUGAACUGAACCACCGUUCUCUUGUGGAGGAUAUCCAAGUGUCCCUCACAUCAGGACGUCUGUCCACAGAGACACUGUCUCCUGCUCAGUGGUCAGCUCUGGUCUUCAUCUUACUGUCAUCAGGAAAAGAUCUGGACGAGUUUGACCUGAAGAAGUAUUCAGCUUCAGAGGAGGCUCUUCUGAAGCUGCUGCCUGUGGUCAAAGCCUCCAACAAAGCUCUACUGAGUGACUGUAAACUCUCAGAGAGAAGCUGUGCCGCUCUGUCCUCAGUCCUCAACUCUGUGUCCUCUAGUCUGAGACACGUGGACCUGAGUAACAAUGACCUGCGGGAUUCAGGAGUGAAGCUGCUGUGUGAUGGACUGAAGAGUCCUCACUGUUCUCUGGAGACUCUCAGUCUGUCAGGUUGUCUGGUCACAGAGGUAGGAUGUUCUUCUCUGACCGCAGCUCUGAACUCCAACCCCUCUCAUCUGAGAGAACUGGACCUGAGCUACAAUCAUCCAGGAGACUCAGGAGAGACGCUGCUUUCUGCUGGACUGAAGAGUCCUCAUUGGAGACUGGACACUCUCAGGAUGGACCAUGCUGGAGCGCAAAGGUUAAGACCUGGACUCUGGAAGUAUUCAUGUGAACUGGAACUGGACACAAACACAGUGUACAGAGAACUCAAACUGUCUGACAACAACAGGAAAGUCACCAACGUGGCCGACUAUCAGUCCUAUCCUGAUCAUCCACACAGAUUUAGUCACUUUCCUCAGCUUCUGUGUAAAACUCGUCUGACUGGACGCUGUUACUGGGAGGUCAAGUGGAAAGGACAUGUCCUCAUAUCAGUCAGUAACAUGUCAAUCCAGAGGAAAGGCGACAGUUCUCAAGGUCUGUUUGGAGAUUAUGAUCAGUCCUGGAGUCUGAGAUGCUCUGAUGUCCGUGGUUACUCUGUCCGCCACCGCGAGAGAGAAACCUCCAUCGACUCCUCCUCUGUCUCUCACCGAGUAUCAGUGUAUGUGGACUGUCCUGCUGGGACUCUGUCCUUCUACGGAAUCUCCUCUGACUCACUGAUCCACCUCCACACCUUCAGGACCAUAUUGACUGAACCUGUUUAUCCUGGGUUCUGGGUCUCUUAUGGUUCCUAUGUGUCUCUGUGUUCUCCUUUGUAAAGGUGAAGCUAUCCAAUCUCUCUGAACACUGAUUAAUGACAAUAAACGGCAUUCUAUUCUGUUUAAGAGGUAAAGUCUUGGGAACAGCUUAAGUCACGUAUUGGAUGAGGUAUCAGUUUGGUUAGGUACAGUACAGGACAUAUUUUUAUUGUUUCCAUAAGGAAUAGUCCCAAUAUGACCAGCCACCAUUGUUCCAUUUUACAGCACCCUUACUUUGGGGUACCAGAGUAAAAUGGGAGCCACCAACGACAGUCAGCUGAUUGGGCGCCACUCAUUUGCAACCGGUGUUUCUCUAACGCCCUCGGUCUGUGAAGACUGUCCGUCAUCCAGGUCAUAGUCGUCUUCUGUGGUUAGCUGUAGGGGACUGGACUUGCUUGAGUAGCAGCCAUCGGACACAGCCCACACGCCCCGCCUGACUGACCCUGACUGACCGACCCUGACCCCCAUUCCAAACCAUACCAUACUGUACCAAACCCAACCGUACCCUGAUGGAAACACAGCAUCAGGGAUGUUUUAUGUCGUAUUGUUUGGUGAUUCUGACAGAUACGAUCUUUGUGAUGCUCUGUCCUCAUGUUUACCGUUUGCAUGAGUCGUCUGUAACAAACUCUCUGUGUUACUACCAAAUAAAAUCAGAA